AUGCGUUCAUCAUCCCAAGCGCUCUCUUUUCUGGUUCCCCUGCUCCUGGUCGGACUUGUGGUGACUGGCGGCAUCGCCCUGUACAGGAUCCGAGCAUUCUCGUUGCCCAUCUCCACGGUCACCGCCACAGCAACCAUUAUCCUACCCGUAAUAACCGGCGUCACUCUACGUGGCGCUCAAAGGUUGCGCAUCCGCGAAAAUGGCUCCAAUGCACGUGCCAAGAUGUCCUUCUCCUGGCCUGCUCUAAUUGUUCUCGUGCUGCUCAUCAUCUACGAGACUGUGAUUGCUACACUAGCUCUCACUCAUGUCGCUCCCCCAAGCGAGUUGAUCUGCGGCCUAGAGCGUCAAUGGGGCGCCCUAUUCUCGAGCAAGAACGCAGACGCAAUCCGGAGAAUUCAAGAGCAAUUUCAGUGCUGUGGUUUUCGUAACGUCCAGGACAGAGCAUGGCCAUUUCCGGAUAGGAGCCAUACCGCCAGAGCUUGUGUCGAAGCUUUUGGUAGAGGCAGCAGUUGCCUUGGUGGAUGGAGACAGAUGGAACAAGUCACUGGCGGACUGAUUCUAUUGGUUGCUGUUGUGGCUUUUCUGCUCAAGCUGCUGAUGCUCGUCCUCUACCGAACACAAAGCCCGUUCCUCUCGUCCGCGUGGACUGCUCGUUCCUCCCUCACGGACGCAGAAGGCGAGGAUAAUGGCCGCAGCAGUGGUAACGGAGAUGGGGACAAUAUCCGUGGAAGAAUAGUAGACGCGUAUCACGAUGAACCUCCACCAGAGAUUGAAGGGCAAGCGGCUAGCUCUCAGCCAGAGGAAAGAGGCACUAGCGCAUCAGACCGUCGUGGCUUGUUAGUACAGCCAUCAGGGAUCCAGAACGAGGAAAAUGAGUGGAGAGAGGGUUGA